AACAAACCCUACAAAUCCAUUCACAAUCAAACACAAUAUCUCUCUCCCUCUCUUCACAUUCAUAUUAGUGAAACUCAACCUUCUCAAAGUCCCUCUUUUUUCAUAUCUGAAUCGAUUCAUGCGUUUCAGUUAUCGUAUAUGAUAUGAUGAGCAAUAUCCACAGAUCUCUUACCGAUUCCGUUCUAACUCUCUUCAAGCUCGCCAUCUCCUCAUCCGAUCCCUGGCCAUUUUCGAUCUAGCUUCGUUCCGUUUCAAAAGCCCUAAUUUCUGGCGAUCUAAUUUAAUUCGUAAUUGUACAGCAAUUUACACCGAUUGAUCUUCUGUAUAGCAAGGCAAAAUGCUGCAUAUUCACUUCCACCACCACGGCGGCGGGCGGCGGAGUACUCCGAAGGGAUGCCUGGCGGUGAUGGUGGGGCAGGGCGAUGAGCGGCAGCGGUUUGUGAUUCCGGUGAUGUACGUGAACCACCCGCUGUUCACGCAGCUGCUCAAGGCUUCGGAGGAGGAGUACGGCUUCGAUCAGAAAGGUCCGAUCAAUAUUCCGUGCCACGUGGAGGAGUUCUGCCACGUCCGCGGCUUGAUUGACAAGGAGACGGCGGAGCACGGCGGCCACCACCACCUCCACGGCCACCACCAGUUCUUGUGUUUCAAGGCUUGAUUUUCUUCAUGCGUUUGUUGAAAUUUGAUGUGCUGUAAAAUCAAAACUCGUUUUUUCUUUUUGGUUUUAUGUUGCCUUGAAUUUAAGUAAUCUUUAUUGUUUUAUGUUUCGAUAAAAAAUAUAUUAAGGAUUUUCUAUUACGAAUUUACAAUAUUCUUAUCUAUGUUUGCAAUGAUUUCAA